AUGUCGUUCUUCGACCUCCUCAAAGCACAAUACAAGACUCUGCCCCAGCCACUUACUUCAGAGGACUGCCAUGGCCGCACAUUCAUCGUCACCGGUGCCAAUGCCGGACUCGGAUUAGAAGCGACCAAGCAUCUCGUGAGCCUAGGCUCCGCCCGCGUCAUCAUGGCCGUGCGCAACACAAGAAGCGGCGAGGCCGCCAAAGAGGAUAUCGAGGAAGCCACAGGUCGUCGUGGAAUGCUGGAAGUCUGGAGGCUGGACCUCGCGUCGUACGACUCAGUCGUGGAGUUUGCUGCCAAGGCACAGACAGACCUCGACCGGAUAGACGGCCUGAUUGAGAAUGCCGGGGUCGCAAUGGGCCAGUGGACGGAGGCCGAGGGUAACGAGACGAGCGUCACGGUCAACGUCAUUUCCACCAUGCUGCUCGCCGUGCUACUUCUGCCACACAUGGAGAAGACGGCGGCCAAGUACGCCACGGUGCCCCGGAUUGCCAUGAUUGGGAGUAUCGUCGCAUUCGACGCCCAACCAUCCCUCGCCAAGAUGGAUCGCGGCAACAUCCUGGGAGACCUGCGGGACAGGCAAAAGUGGGAGCCGCAUAUGGAUGCAAGCUACCCCAGGUCGAAGAUGCUGUCGUUGUUCGCCUUUCGCCAGCUGUCCGAGCUGGCACCCGUAUCCAGAACCGGUGUCGUCAUGAACUGGAUCAACCCUGGAAUCUGCAGUACUGGGCUAGACAGAAACGCAAACUUCGCCAUCAAGCUGCAAAUCGGCUUCGCGCGCGCACUCAUGGGCCGAACGGCCGAGCAAGGCAGCCGAACCCUGCUGCAUGGCCUCGCCGCGGACAAAGAGAGCCACGGCAAGUAUCUAACUGAAUGCGAAGUUCGCGACGAUCUUGUGCCAGAGUGGUUCACCAAUGAAGACGGACGCGACUGGCAAGUACGGAUCUGGAGCGAGGUGGCCAAGGUGCUCGACCGUGUGCAACCGGGAUGUGUCCGCAGGAUUGAGGCUUGA